AUGGAAAUAGAUAAAGAAGAAUCAAAACAAACGACAGAAGAUAUUAAAAUAUGUAUACCUGGUAUGCGCAUAAGUGCAUCUAAUAAAGAAACUAUGUCAGGGGCUGGAACAUAUGAAUUAGAUGGUUACAUAUACACGUAUCUUGCAGGAAUAUUGAAAACACAAUAUGAUGAGGUUAAAAAGGCGAAUAUUUUAUCCAUAGAAAGUCCAAAAAGCCCCAGUGUCCUUCCUCAAAUGGGAGAUAUAGCUACAGCAAGAGUAAUAGCUGUAAACUCCCGGUUAGUACAAUGCCAGAUACUUUGUGUGGGUCCAACAGUGUUAGCUAGGCCAUACAGAGGAAUUCUGAAAAAGGAAGAUAUAAGAGAUAUGGAUAAAGAUAGAAUUGAUCCCUAUAAGUGCUUUAGACCUGGGGAUGUUAUUUUAGCAAGAGUUUUACCAAUGACAGAGCUGCAUGCUUAUCAUCUAUCCACUGCAGAAAAUGAGCUUGGUGUCGUAAUUGCAACUGCUGAAGGUUCUCCACAAGGAGUAAGCAUGGUUCCAAUCAGCUGGUCUGAAAUGCAGUGCCCUACAACAUUAAACAAAGAGCCCAGGAAAGUAGCAAGAGUAAUACCUGAAACUAUCAAUAAAGAAUUUGUCUUUGCAAGUCAACCUGAAUUGGGCAAGAGUUAA